AUUAUAAACAUUUAAACAGACAGACAGCAUUUCUUCGCUCUAAGCAAAACUCUUUUCCUUCUUCCUUAACCAGAGAGAGAGAGAGAGAGAGAGAGAGAGAGAGAGAGCUCUUCUCUUCACCUUCAAACAACACAUCCAUCAUCAAUGGAUCCUUACAAGUUUCGACCAUCAAGCGCCUAUAAUUCUCCUUUCUUCACUACAAACUCUGGUGCUCCUGUCUGGAACAACAACAACUCCUUGACUGUUGGGUCCAGAGGGCCGAUUUUGCUGGAGGACUAUCAUUUGGUGGAAAAGCUUGCAAAUUUUGACAGGGAAAGAAUUCCAGAGAGAGUUGUUCAUGCUAGAGGUGCAAGUGCAAAAGGGUUCUUUGAAGUAACUCAUAAUAUCUCUCAUCUUACCUGUGCUGAUUUCCUUCGAGCUCCUGGAGUUCAAACCCCUGUUAUUGUUAGGUUCUCUACUGUUAUUCAUGAACGUGGCAGUCCUGAAACUCUUAGAGACCCUCGUGGUUUUGCUGUCAAGUUCUACACUAGGGAGGGUAAUUUUGAUUUGGUGGGCAACAAUUUCCCUGUCUUUUUCAUCCGUGAUGGAAUGAAGUUCCCUGACAUGGUUCAUGCUCUGAAGCCCAAUCCCAAGUCACAUAUUCAGGAGAACUGGAGGAUACUAGACUUCUUCUCCCACCACCCUGAGAGCUUGCACAUGUUCACCUUUCUCUUUGAUGACAUAGGUAUUCCUCAGGAUUACAGGCACAUGGAUGGUUCUGGUGUAAACACCUACACUUUGAUCAACAAGGCUGGGAAAGCACGCUAUGUCAAAUUCCAUUGGAAAGCCACUUGUGGAGUUAAGAGUUUAUUGGAAGAGGAUGCCAUAAGAGUUGGUGGAGCUAACCACAGUCAUGCCACUCAGGAUCUCUAUGACUCAAUUGCAGCUGGAAACUACCCCGAGUGGAAGCUCUUCAUUCAGACAAUUGACCCUGAUGAGGAAGACAGGUUCGACUUCGAUCCACUUGAUGUGACCAAGACUUGGCCUGAGGACAUCAUACCAUUGCAGCCUGUGGGUCGCUUGGUUUUGAACAAAAACAUUGAUAACUUCUUUGCUGAGAAUGAGCAACUUGCAUUUUGCCCUUCUAUUGUGGUGCCUGGUGUAUAUUACUCAGAUGAUAAGCUGCUGCAAACUAGAAUCUUCUCCUAUUCUGACACCCAGAGGCACCGUCUUGGACCAAAUUAUCUGCAGCUUCCAGCAAAUGCUCCCAAGUGCGCUCAUCACAACAAUCACCAUGAAGGUUUCAUGAACAUUAUGCAUAGGGAUGAGGAGGUCAAUUAUUUCCCUUCAAGGUAUGAUCCUGCUCGUCAUGCAGAGCAGCACCCAAUUCCUCCUCGCAUUUUAUCUGGCAAGCGUGAGAAGUGUAUCAUUCUAAAGGAGAAUAACUUCAAGCAGCCUGGGGAGAGAUACCGUUCCUUUACACCAGACAGGAAAGAGCGCUUCAUUCGUCGUUGGGUCGAGGCCUUGACUGACACAAGGAUAACCUACGAAAUCCGCAGCAUUUGGAUCUCAUAUUGGUCUCAGGCUGACAAGUCUCUUGGUCAGAAGCUUGCUUCUCACCUCAACAUGAGGCCAACCAUGUGAAGAUGUUCCUAGUGCAGAGCAGAAACAACGUCUCCGAAUACUCAAAAACACAGAUCAUUUACUAUGCAUCAUAUGUUUAUUUGGUCAUGAAAAAGUAGAAGAAAUUGCAGUUUUGUGGGAUAUACUGAUUGUACUUGUUGAAGAGACUUUGAAAUAAUCAUAUGUUCUCAUGUGUUAGAUGUGAGUACUGUUAUUUAAUAAGAUGUCCCUUUGUGUUUUCCUUUUC